GCUUCUCCUUUGCCGUCAGAGACUCUCUCUCUCUCUCUCUCAGUACGCAAAAAAUCCAAAUAUGCAACAGGGCGGAGGAUCGGAGACCGAAGUCACAUGGGAAGAUCAGCAGAAUAUAAACAAAUUCGGAAGAUUAAACAACAGAUUUCACGAACUUGAGGACGAGAUCAGGUUUGCUAAAGAAACCAAUGAGAAUCUGGAGGAUGCUAGCAAUGAGUUGAUCCUCACAGAUGAGGAAGUUGUGAGGUUCCAGAUAGGGGAGGUUUUUGCUCAUAUGCCAAAAGAAGAGGUAGAAAGCAGGAUCGAGCAGAUGCAAGAGGUGAAUUGUAAGAACUUGGAGAAGCUGGAGGAAGAGAAGGACUCGGUGCUUGCACAGAUGGCUGAACUAAAGAAAAUUUUAUAUGGAAAAUUCAAGGAUUCUAUCAACUUGGAGGAGGAGUGAUCUGGCACAAGUUGCUGCUCCUCUCUCAGUUCUCUUUUCAUAAUUGUGGGAUGAAAACACUAUUUUCCUUGUUAAAAUCUUUAUGUUUGAAUUGAUCUAUAUAUCUUUAAAU